AUGGGGACACAGAAUGGUUGGGGAGCAAAGGAGGGCUGGGGAGCACAGAAUGCUGAAAAGACAGUGGACAUAGGGAAGGCUGGGGAGCACAGUGAAGUAAGGUACAGUGAAGGCUGGGAGCAAAGUGAAGGCUGGGAGCAAAGUGAAGGCUGGGGGAGCAUGCAGGCUGGGAAGCAAAGUGAAGGCUGGGGACAAAGUGAAGGCUGGGAAGCAAAGUGCAGGCUGGGAAGCAAAGUGGAAGGUGGAAGCACAGUAAAGGCUGGGAAGCACAGUAAAGGCUGGGAUCACAGUGAAGGUUGGCUGUCACAGUGA